UAUUUAACAGUGUGUAAAAAUAAAUUUAAUUAUUAAUAGAAACGAAUUUCAGGUUGCCUGUAGCAGUUGCUCACAUAUCUCGAGUGAACCAGGAAAGCAACCUUCUCGGACUCUCGGUGGCCUUUGUCGCUUGCGGUUUCCCCAGUUUCAUUCAUGAAGAGUGGAGAGAAAAAAUCUUACUUUGGACACGGAAAUAUAUCAGUUUCCACAGUGAUUCAAAGUUUUCGUUGUGUUUGCUGCAUUUUAUAGAUCAAAAUUGUAUAAUCUCAAUCGGUACAUCGAUUUAGUCGUUAAUCUUAUUCCUCUAUAAGGUUCGGUUGGCAUGUGGAGUCGCUAACUUGCUAUUUCCUAGUUGGCGACAUCUUCUGGGACCAUGCCCCGCAAAUUUAACUAUGGGGUUGAUUUUGAUGAUGAUUAUGAUGAUUAUGACGAGUACGACUAUGAAUAUGAUGUGGAGGACAAUGGGGAAGUACCCGAGCCUAAGCAAGAACUUAAUAGGCCUGCCCAGUGGCGCUGUGCCAUUUGCACUUAUGAUAAUGACGAGGAUAUGUCUGCAUGUGACAUUUGUGGGGUCAUUCGCAAUCCUACCGCAGGCAACUACAUCAACAGUGAUAAGAGAACAGCUGACAAUAUGUGCAAGGAUUCUGGCAUAUCCAUAUUGGCCAAGUCUCUUUUUGCAUCAUUGCCACAUUGGACUCCCCAAAAGCCUGUUGUAGCUCAACUUCAGAAUGAUGAUUUUGUGACAAAAUGGGGCAGUGACUUUCUCAACUGUGAGAAUUUCCAAGGAAAUUUUCAUGAGUUCCAUAAGGCUUUUAAUUCUCAUAGUCAUUCCCACAUUAAAAUAGAUCCUUUCAAGUUUGAUGUUCCUUCACCAGAUGAUUUGGUUUCUUCUGGAUUGCAUGCCUCCAAAAAGGGCUCAAGAGCCAAUUCUCUCAAUCUCAAAUAUCCAAGAGGUUCUUCAGGAAUAACUCAGAAGAAUAGUGCAAAUAACGCACAUUCCACCAUUAAAAAGUCAGAUAGUCCUCUUUUGAUUCUGAAGAGCAAAGAGGAUAGUGUGGAUGAGGGCAUUCAUGUGAUGAAUGGAGUGUCCUAUACACAAUCAGGUUCUGAAAGCUCAGAUGGUUCUAUAGUGGUUCCAAAGUCUGGACCUAAUAGUGUGGACAAAAACUACUGUUCAAAGAAUGGUUCAAUUAGCAUCCAAUCAAGUGGUGAAACAUCCAAGAGCUCAUCUUCAAUGAAACAAAAAGGCAAAUAUAAAAAUGCAGAUGCUAGCAUCCAAUCAAGUGGCAAAACAUCAGAGUGCUCAUCCUCAUUGAUGCCAAAAGAUAAAUCUCAAGAUGUAACUAGUGAUAAUGCUAUAAAGGCCAAGUCACAUAAGCAAUAUGAACCUGACAAAUGGAUGCUCCCUGACAAAGCAGAAGACAAGUUGACUCAACUGAACCUUGCAAUUGUUGGCCAUGUCGAUUCUGGAAAAUCAACACUUUCUGGUAGAUUGCUACAUCUUUUAGGACGAAUAACCCAAAAAGAAAUGCACAAAUAUGAAAAGGAAGCCAAGUUACUGGGCAAGGGAUCCUUUGCUUUUGCCUGGGCAUUGGAUGAGAGUGCUGAAGAAAGGGAAAGAGGAAUAACUAUGACAGUGGCUGUCGCUUAUUUUGAUACAAAAAAAUAUCAUGUUGUUCUUCUUGAUUCCCCAGGCCAUAAGGAUUUUGUUCCAAAUAUGAUAUCCGGGGCAACACAAGCUGAUGCUGCAGUUCUUGUUAUAGACGCCUCCCCUGGUGCUUUUGAAGCUGGCAUGGACAGUAAGAAGGGCCAAACGAGAGAGCAUGCACAACUUAUUAGAAGUUUUGGUGUUGAUCAAAUUAUAGUUGCAAUUAACAAAAUGGAUGCUGUGAACUACUCUGAGGAUAGGUUUAAUUUUAUUAGAGCACAACUUGGAACAUUUCUCCAUACCUGUGGGUUUAAGGAUUCCUUGGUGUCAUGGAUUCCAUUAAGUGCCAUAGAAAAUCAAAAUUUAAUAUCACCUCCUCCUGAUGUCCAUUUGUCAUCUUGGUAUCGUGGGCCUUAUCUGUUAGAUGCAAUUGAUUCUUUUCAACCCCCUGCAAGAGAUUUCUUGAAACCUCUGCUUAUGCCCAUAUGUGAUGUUAUUAAAUCACCUUCAGUGGGACAGGUGUCAGCCUGUGGUAAAUUAGAGGCAGGAGCUCUUCGGUCUGGAACAAAAGUUUUGGUUAUGCCAUCUGGAGAAGUAGGGACUGUACGCAACUUAGAGCGUGAUUCGCAGGCUUGUCCUGUUGCAAGGGCAGGAGAUAAUGUAGCUGUCAGUCUAGUGGGCAUUGAUGGGAGCCAUGUGAUGGCAGGCGGUGUUCUUUGUCACCCUGACUACCCGGUUUCUGUUGCGAAACAUUUGGAGUUGAAGGUGCUGGUUUUAGAUAAUGCAACCCCAAUUUUGAUUGGCUCUCAACUGGAAUUUCACAUACACCAUGCAAAAGAGGCUGCAGGAGUGGUAAAAAUUGUAUCAUUACUUGAUUCAAAGACCGGCAAGGUGACAAAGAAGGCACCUCGUUGUCUUGCUGCAAAGCAACAAGCAGUGAUCGAGGUUGUUUUGCAUGGACCGGUUUGUGUGCAAGAGUUUUCAAGUUGCAAAGCUCUUGGAAGGGCAUCUUUGAGAGUAUUAGGUAGAACAAUUGCUUUAGGUGUUGUAACCAAGAUAAUCGAGGAUCAGGAGUAGCUGUUAUCAGAGAUUCCUCGACGGUAGUCCAAAAAAAAAAACAAAAAAAACAAAGAAGUGGAGUUAAAUUUGGUGGAACUGUGACAGUUCAUUUUUGAAUUACCUAUUUAACUUUUUACUCGUAUAUCAAUAUGCCCGUACAAUGAAAUUAGCAGUUCCCUGUAUCAAUUCUUUCUGUGCAUAUCAUCUGAGGUCUAAACAGCACUGCUCUCUAGCAAUCAUUUUAGAAAUGACGAGGAGAUUAUGAUUGCUUAGGAUUUGGCUGCUUAUAUUUGUAAGCUAACAUUGUUUUAAUGUUGACAUGUACAGCAAUACGUGCUUAUGCA